GAGGAGAGAAAAAAAUGGACGUGACGACGACGCGGGGAAGGAGAGGGAGACCCAAGAGCUACAGAGGAGACGGCAUGCGUGCCGACAUGCGGCAUGAGAGACUUUCUAGAGAGGGAGGAGAGGAGAAGAGGGACGGGGAGGGAGCAGGGGCGAGUGCUGGAAGACCGUGAAUGCCCACAAACUGAGGCCAUAUGAUGAUGCGCGUGCGAGGGGGCCGUGUAUAUGCUUAAUCCCAUUUCCUUAUCCGGGGUCCGUCCUGGAGGCGCGCCAUUGGCCGGCUUCCGUCACGUGGCUUCUUAACUUUGUUCACUUGACAGAAAAGUAGGAGGGUUCAACGGAACAGGAAUAACCGAAGAGUAAAGGGAUGAGAUAUAAAUUUUAGUUAUAUAUUUUCCGAGUAGGUGCAAUUCCACAAAAAGACUGAAAUUAAUGGCCAUGAGCUCCUAUUUGAUCAACUCCAACUAUGUGGACCCCAAGUUCCCACCGUGCGAGGAGUACUCACAGAGCGACUAUCUGCCCAGCCACUCUCCGGACUAUUACAGCUCCCAGAGGCAGGAGCCCGCUGCCUUUCAACCGGACUCUGUCUACCACCACCAUCAACACCACCCACACCACCACCAACAACAGCAGCAGCAGCAGCAGCAGCAGCCACAGCAGCAGCGAGCCGCCGAACCACCGUACACGCCGUGCCAACGCGCGGGGCAACCCGCCUCGGUGGUGAUGUCCCCUCGGGGUCACGUCCUCCCCCCGUCCGUACUGCAGACCACCCCAAUCCCGGAGCAGAGCCACCGCUGCGACUCGGUGACACCAAGCCCGCCUCCGCCUCCGUCUUGCGGCCAAACGCCCCACAACCAAAGCACUUCUUCCCCAGCGAGCAAUCGCAAGGACCCCGUAGUUUACCCGUGGAUGAAGAAAGUCCAUGUAAACAUCGUGAGUUCAAACUACACGGGGGGUGAGCCCAAACGCUCGCGGACGGCCUACACGCGCCAGCAGGUCCUGGAGCUCGAAAAGGAGUUCCACUACAACCGGUACCUGACGCGCAGGCGCAGGGUGGAGAUCGCCCACACGCUCUGCCUGUCAGAGAGGCAGAUCAAGAUCUGGUUCCAGAACCGGAGGAUGAAAUGGAAGAAGGACCACAAGCUACCAAACACCAAGGUCCGCUCCGGGACAAACAACACAAACUCAUCCCAAGCUCUGAGCGGCUCUCAGAACCGCACCGGACCACUAUAGCCCGGUUCAUGGCUCUUUUUUUUUCUUUUUGUUUUUUUUUGUCUCAUUCUCUCUUUUUAACUGAACGCCGAAGCGGCAGCAGCGGCAGCAGCAGCCACGCUUGUACCCACAGGAGCCUGCACGUUGGAGCGGAAUAACGCCUCUUCGUUGUGGAGGGAAGGAGAAGGGGAUGUGAAUGCCGCCUGCUCGGCCCUGAUCUAUGCUGAUGUUACACACACUAUAAUAUGACGUGGGAGGGGGGGGGGUGGAGGGGGGGGGAUUCAUUCAUAAAAAAAAAUAUAUGAAAUGAACCAAAAGUAGGCGACGAAGGAGACUGAAGGAACUGAGACAAUGACGGCACGGCCGCUUCUUUGCUUUUAUCCCCAUCCUCCCUCUCUCUCUCUCUCUCUCUCUCUCUCUCUCUCUCUCUCUCUCUCUCUCCAUACGACGGUAGGCUUGAGGAUAAUGUGCCCGCGUGCGUGUGGUUUUCUUUCCUUCUUUUUUCCUUUUUUUUUCUUUUUUUUCUUUUUUUUUUGUUGAAGAUGGAUCCUCGUUUUCAUCUUUAAUCAUGCCAAACUCGGGCCCCAUUUGUCAUGUUUACUCUGCGGGUACAAAGCAAAAGGGGUGAACCGCGGCUCUGCCCAUUACCCCUCGCCCCCUUUACCACCCUGCCACCCCUCCCUACCUCCCUUUAACCACUCUACCCCUCACACUGCCACCCCACGCACACACACACACACACACACACAAAUGUACACACACACACACGUGUAAUAAAUGACGUUUCGUCAAAGAGAAGUAUUCACACACACACACACACACAUGCUCGGUCCUUAUAGUACUCUAACAUCAAAUAUAACCUCCACUAUGAUCCAAACUGACAGCAGCCUUGCUGUCACAGUUAUAACUCUUUCUCUUUUUGUUUUAUGACAAAAUAUAGCUUUUUAAAUUUUAAUUAUUUUUUUGAAUUCAGUGUUGAUUGUAAAAAAUAAUAAUAAUAAUGAUGAUGAUAAUGAUAUGCUGUUGUUGCUGAGAACGACAAGGAGCGUGUCUGUGGUCCGUGGAUUGUUCAUGUUGUGAUGUUGUAUACAGGGAAAACAGACUGACAGGGUUCCAUCAUGGCGUUUAUUUCCACUGAAACAGGGUUUCUGAAGCUGCCUAAACAGAGGACACUGAUAUCCAAAGCAACAAGAGAACACAUUUAAACGCAGCACUAUACAAUGUACUACCUAUUACCUCAGUUGUACUGAUAUAUAGUUUUAUUUUAUUUUUUAUCUUAUUUCCUGCUCGUUUAAUGAAGUGACUUCACGAGCUUUUAUAUAUAUUUUUUCCUUUUUUUUUUUUUUGAAAACUGUGUGACGACUUAUUAUAAUAAUAAUUAUUAUUACCUGCAAUACAAAAAAAGCGCUAUUCAUUUCUUGUCUGUGGAAAAUUAAAAAAAAGAAAAAAAAAGUAAUUUAAUUAUAAGCUCUGGCCAGGGACGUUCAGAAAACUAAGAAACCUUUUAUUGCAUGUCUGAAUGUGUCCAUUUAUUUUUCUAUCUUUCCCUUCUUUGUCUCCUCCGCACAUGAAAUGCGCGCACACUUCCUCCCUCGUCUGUUCUGUCGCCUUGUGCCACUUUUAGAUAUUUUAUUCUGAAAUGUUUCUCUUUUUUUUUGUUUUUUUAAAUUGAUGUUAUUUUAUUUACAUUCCAAAGAUCCGUUUCUAUCGUUAUUAUUAUUAUGGAUGAUGGUGAUGAUGAUAACAAUGAUGGUAUUGUUGAAGAUGUGUUACCUCCUCCGAACAUGUACGUUGCUCCUUUCUCUGCUUAUGCCUUUUCCCUCAAUGUCUACCUUCCUAUUAUUUGUAAAUAGUUCAUAGAAAUUUAAAUAAAUGGCUAAAAAAGGAUUUUUCUAUCCUCUUCUCUCUCAU